UAACAGCAACAACAAUAAUGUUGAAGCUACACCAGUAUCAAAGUAUAGACCAAUUGUUAUUUGGCAUGGAAUGGGAGACACUUGUUGUAAUCCUGAAAGUAUCGGUAAAGUAAUUGAGAUAAUUCAUGAAGCAUUACCAGGUGUUUAUGUCCAUUCAAUUAUGUUGGGUGAUCAAGAAAGUGAAGAUAAAAAAGCAGGUUUUUUUGGUAAUGUUAAUGACCAGAUUUUAAGCGUAUGCGAAAAAUUAAAAAAUGAUGAAAAUCUUAAACAUGGAUUCAAUGCAAUUGGAUUUUCUCAGGGUGGAUUGUUUCUUCGUGGAUAUGUCGAACGUUGUAAUGAUCCACCAGUUCAUAAUUUAGUUACUUUUGGUGCACCACAUGGAGGAGUGUCAGAUAUUCCAGGAUGUAUGGGAGAUGGAAGUUUUUGGUGUAAUUUGAUGAGAUCGCUUGUACGUAGUGGAGCGUAUAAUUCGUAUGUUAGAAGUCACAUUGUACAAGCACAAUAUUACAAAGAUUCAAGCAGACUUGAGUUAUAUUUGAAACAAAAUAUUUACUUGCCCGAUAUUAAUAAUGAAUUAAAUGAAAAGAAUCAAACUUAUAAAAAGAAUUUAGCAUCAUUGAAUAAAUUGAUAUUAAUACGUUUCACCGAAGACAUUACACUUAAACCAAAGGAUACUGCUUGGUUUUCGUUUUAUAACGAGACUGGUGAAAUGAUAGAUCUUAUAGAUCAACCUUUAUAUAAAGAAGACUGGAUAGGGUUAAAGGAAUUGAAUGAAAAUAAUAAGUUAAUAUUUAAAGAUUGCGAAGGUCAACAUAUGCAAUUUUCUAUCGAGUAUUUACAAAAUGAUGUUAUUAUUCCUUAUUUAAGCGACGAAAUAAAUUACAAGAAAAUCGAAUUAAAUAUUCAAUAA